UACCGCCUCAAGGGCCGCAGCGAGGCCAAGCCGCUGGCCGUAUGCCUGGGCCGCGUGGCCGACGUCUACAGGUACUGCCAUGUGAGAGUACCCGAGGGGCUCCUGAAAGAUCUGUUGCCAGGACCAGUGACUCUGGUGAUGGAACGCACAGAGGAGCUCAACCAGGACCUGAACCCAUUCACUCCUCUCGUUGGCAUCCGGAUUCCGGACCACGCCUUCAUGCAGGAUUUGGCCCAGAUGUUCGGUGGCCCGCUGGCUCUUACCAGUGCCAACCUCAGCUCCCAGGCCAGUUCUCUGAAUGUGGAGGAGUUCCGAGACCUCUGGCCUCAGUUGUCUCUGGUCAUUGAUGGAGGGCCAAUUGGGGAUAGCCAGAAUCCUGUGUGUCGCCUCGGCUCAACUGUGGUUGAUUUGUCUGUGCCUGGAAAGUUUGGUAUCAUUCGUGCAGGCUGUGCCCUGGAAAACACCACAGCCAUCCUCCAACAGAAAUACGGGCUGCUCCCCUCUCCCGAACCCUGCUAGUGACACUUGGGCCAGGGCAGGCGCCAGGUGCGGCUGGAUACUGCGAGUCUGUGUGCUGGCAAGGCCUCCUUCACAGAGGCCACUGGAGCAACGUCACCAGCCUGGGCCUUAAGGCAGCAUGUCUUCCUGAGCACUGUAGACCAGGUCCCAAGGCUGCUGGGGGAGCCUCACAGCUGGGGGAGGUUAUGUGUAUUCCUCGUAGUUCGUUUAUCAGCCACAUGCCGAGAGGAGAGGUUAAGAACAUUCCCAGAGUGGCCUUAUUGUGAUAAAUUUCUGCUUUUGUUCUCUUUUUGUCGAAAAGUAAUAGAUUUAGAAUUUAGGGAGCGAGACCUCUCUGGCAGGUGGUGGCAUUUCAGGUCCAACCAGCUAGAGGUGCUGGUGCUGUUCACCAGUCUCAGGUGACUAAAGGUGUGGGUCUGGGCUCCUGCACUGCAGCCAGGUUAAGGGAAAGACUGGAGAGCCACAGACCAAACGCCUUUUCCUCUGGACCAGUGGGAGUAGUGGUGCCGUGUAACUGCCUGGCAGGAAAGCAGGUCAGGCAGUGAAGUAGCAGGUGUGUUCAGUGGGCAGGAAUGUGGUGGAAGUGGGGAUCCAGAUAGAGAAUACUGGAAAAUAGGGCUGGCCCCAAAGUGCAGCGGUCAGGCGUUGUGCAUUGGGAUCACAGUCCCACAUGACCCGCUGCAACCUAUGGCCUGAAAAGGAUGCCAGGCAUAUGUGUGCACUUGCCUGAAAUCUUGGCAGGAAGGAGAAAGAAAAGAAAAAAGGAUUGUGGUGUAACUGUGUCCCAUGGCGGUGGGUAGGUGAGCGGGAACCCCUCUCUCCUGCAAGCACAUACACCCUCUGAUAAUUAAAGAGAAUUAGAAAAUAAGUAUUAUCCUUUAUAGAGUGACUUCCUUAUUUUUGCAUAAAAUCCACUUAAGUACACCUGUAACAUCUUUAAGUCCAGUGUUUACUCAGCACUGCCUUUUAUCAAUAUGCAUACCAAGUGUUAAACAUAAUUGUUGGGCAUUUCAACUUUUUUUAUUAUUAUUAUUUUGAAAAACUGCUGUCAUUAAACAUAUUUGUAAGUGGUUUA